GCGGCAGUGUACAGAAUGAAUUUGUUCUGGAAUAGCUAAAUAAACAAACAUUAAGCCCAAAUCGAGCAUUUUCUGCUUGUAAGCCCAACUUGAAAAGUGGGCCCCUAUUUAUUAUAUCAUCCAAUUAGGGUAUUAUGCCACCAUAGUUUCAGGCGCUAGUCUCCGUUCCUGCGUUUUCACACAACUCAUCAACAAUGGGGAAGACACGUGGUAUGGGAGCUGGUCGCAAGCUCAAGUCCCAUCGCAGAAUGCAGCGAUGGGCUGACAAGUCAUACAAGAAGUCUCACCUUGGAAAUGAAUGGAAAAAACCAUUUGCUGGAUCAUCUCAUGCUAAGGGAAUUGUGCUUGAGAAGAUAGGCAUUGAAGCUAAGCAGCCUAACUCUGCCAUCCGUAAAUGUGCUAGAGUUCAGCUCAUUAAGAAUGGAAAGAAGAUUGCCGCCUUUGUCCCUAAUGACGGUUGCUUGAACUACAUCGAAGAAAAUGACGAAGUACUGAUUGCCGGAUUUGGACGAAAGGGUCACGCUGUGGGAGAUAUUCCCGGUGUUAGAUUUAAGGUGGUGAAAGUAUCAGGUGUUUCCCUCCUUGCCCUUUUCAAGGAGAAGAAGGAGAAGCCUAGGUCUUAAGCCAUUUUGCUACUUGAAGUUUUGUUGCUGAAACUUGGUUUUACUCAUCUUUUUUCAAUUAUGUCAAACUUCUAUUUUGUUAUAUGUAAGAGUUCAUGAACAAGCAUUCAGUGAAUUUAUCGAGUAUUAUUAGUUUGAA